ACUUCCUGUAUUUUAAUGACAUCGCAUAUUUGACUGGCAUAAAUUGCACACGAGAAAUAUUCGCAACUGAAUUACAAGGAAAGCAAGAUGGAAACAAGAUUGCCAUCCAAUUACUGUUGGACAUUUUUCUGUGUGAUAGUUUGCUGUCAUUUCUCCGUUACUUCUGCGUCUCGCUUUACAACUGUUGGUAGACCCAAAGGUACCAUAUUUUAUGAAGCAAACCACUCUGCUGAGUUAAGAGAACGGCCAUCAGCAUCGAUUGCGCUAGCACUUUGUAUGAAUCAAUUAGAAUUCAGUACAAAACAAAGAAGAAUGUGUUUGAAAUUUCCAAAACAAUUUACUUCUGUUCUCCGUGGUUUCCGUGAAGCUCUUGACGAAUGUCGCCAUCAAUUCCGUCAUAAUCGUUGGAAUUGCAGCUCAUUUUCCAGUAUGCGUGGUAGUGUCAUGCUUGCAAUGACAAGAGCUUUCAUGAAAAGAGGUUUCAAAGAAGUUGCUUUCGUGCACGCCUUGAUCGCUGCAUCGAUUGCGAGGACUGUGUCACUUGAUUGCCUCAUGGGAGGUAUACCAUCAUGUAAUAGGAGAGGUUCCAAAAGAAGACGCACGAAAGCAGAAUACAGCCGUCAUAACAAAGCAAUUUCUCACGGAAUAUAUAUUUCCGAGAAAUUUCUGAACUCUCACAAGAAGAGUCGUGACACACCAGAAAUGGUAAAACGAAAAAACUACCGAGUUGGGCGAAUGGUGUUCCUCGAUGCAAUACAAUUAAGAUGUAAAUGUCAUGGUUUCAGCGGUGCCUGUAGCAUAAGGACCUGCGUGCAGGUGCCAUCAGAUUUGCGCAAUAUUGCAAGUACGCUCAAAAAGAUUAUGAAAAGUGCAAGAAAAGUGGAACUUGUCAAUCAGCGUAGAAUGAAACCUAAGCCACCAGUCCUGAGUAUUCACAAGUCUCCGAGAAAUUAUGACAGCCUUUUGAGAUCCACUUUAACGUCAUCAAGAAAACAUGAAUUGCUGUAUUUGGAGAGUUCUCCUUCGUUCUGUGAACAGAAUGAUUUGCUGGGGGUACAAGGGAUCUCCGGUAGAAGGUGUAGUAUGAAUUCCACUCAUGACUACAACUGCAAGAUUUUUUGCUGUGGACGAGGUUAUAACAAGAUUUGGAUAGAAAAGAAUCACAAAUGUAAAUGUAAAUUUACGUACUGUUGCUCCGUUCAGUGUAAGCAAUGCAAGAAAAAAGUCUUGAUAACAAGAUGUAAAUGAUAUCUUUUUUUUGUAAAUUGGCCGACAAGCAUCGUCGUCUUUUUAUGUCGAUGAAUAUAUAUUAGCGCAGGCCUGUUUGGUUUUAUUCUAGAUUUUUCUGUUUUUAUUUGCUGUUGCUUUCUCGUAUGAUUAAGAGUAAUGUAUAUAAUAUUGCAAUAAAUUACUUUUCUAUGUUAA